UGCGUGAAAAAGUUAAAACGCAGGCGUUUAACGCCAGUCUGAAAAUAGGGAUUUGGUUUCUCUAAUACAGCUUGCAUUUUCCUUUUCCUUUUCCUUUUACUUUUGCCAAAGCAGCUUUCCACAGAGCUCACUGCAACGUCGCCGUUUGGGUCUCUAUACACCCCAAACUACGCCGUUUAGCUCGGUCUCUCCCCAGCCUCACAAAUUACUGAAUGCCAUAAAACAAUCCAAAAUUCUUCAAAAAAGAAAGUUGGAAAAUGUUGGGUGGCGAGCCGUUAUGAUAUUCACUCUUUCCCUCCAAAUCCAAGCAUCCGCUUUUCUUGGAAAACCCAAAUUCUCAGCCUUUUUUUUUUUUUUUUUUUUUUUUUCAAUUUAGUGUUUUCCAUUUACUUUAUUGUAAUAAAGUGUCGAUCUUUUUGAUAAACAAGUGCAAUCAGACUAGUUCAGUUGUUUUGUAGUUCCGAGCUUUUUUUCUUGUUCGAUUGUACUUGUAAAUUUUGCUGUUCCUCAUAAUCUCUGUAGUUUCAAGAUAAUCCUGAAAAAACUUGUGAUUUUCAGUAAAACCCUGCGUCUCUAGUGUUACUGCUGUGCUUAUCAAUUGCUACAGAAAAAUGAAGAAGUUUCUAUUUUGCGCAUUAUUAUUAUUAUUAUUUCCCCUUUCCUGGUUGGUUAAUGGUUGGAGAAAUUAAUGAUCUGAUGUUGGGCCUUCGAGAUCAUCUAAUUGACUUUUGAUAUGACUAAUUAUCCAAGUGGUUUCUGACGACUCAUUCUUGUUGGAAGAUUAAGCCACAGUAUAUAAUAUUGUAGCAUUUCGAAAUAUCGUUUGUUCUUAUUUGGUGAAGUUUUGGAGCUGAAGCAAAAGGGGGAAAAUAAUAAGAAAAAGAAAAUGGAGGAAGCUUCAAAAGUACGGCUGGUUCGUUGCCCCAAGUGCGAGAAUCUCCUUCCGGAGCUCCCUGAUUUCUCUCUCUACAAGUGUGGAGGCUGCGGUGCGAUUUUGAAAGCUAAAAAGAGGGUGAUUGUGGAAGAUAGAUCGUCGGAGAUAUCCGAGGAUUUAAAGGGUGGAGGAAUUUCUGAGGAGAACAGCAUAGCUAAAGGAACCAAGGUUGACAUAGAAAGUGCUGAUGUAAUUGAAGACGGCGCAGUAGAGAAAAUUCAGAAAGAAGAAGGAUUGGUUUCCAAUGGUACUUCCACAUCACCAGCUGAACUUAAGGAGACACAAGCUGAUUCUGAUACAAGUAGGAGAGGUAAAGAAAGGGUGAGAAAUGUAGAAAGUUCUGAUGAUGAAUUCAGGCCAUAUCCACAAGGUCUGAUCCGUAAUAGAAAUCGGGGCAAAAGUUGUGAUUUUAGAGUGGAUGGGCCGGAGUUUGUUGAUUUCCAUGAUGAUAAUGUCAAAGGCAUGCCCCCAAUGGAUUCUUCAAGGUCGAGGCCGGUUAUGGACCAGUGGGGUGUGAAAAGUAAAGGAUCGGUUCACGGGCCAGCUAGGGGUGUUCCUGCUCAAGUGAGAUUUGAUGAUUUUGUUUAUCAUGAUGAGGGGCAGUCAAGUUAUGGUAUCAAUUCUUAUUAUGAACAAGGUGAAAGGACUAGAUAUCGAGGUCACAAUCUUGAUAGACACGACAGUAUUGAGAGUUUAGAAAAUGGUCGGGUGGAGCUCCUAAGGAAGCUUGAUGAACUGAAAGAUCGAAUAUCCCGGUCCUGUGAUAUGGCGGAUAAACCCAAGGAACAGAUUGGCAUCGAUCAGAGGAUGGUUUCGCCGACUUCAUCUGAUCCUUAUGGUAGACAUCAUGCUGCUUAUGCUCAAGAAGGAUUGACUACUACUUCACAAGCAACAAACAGGCAGCCACUGUAUCCUGAUAAUAUCGUGCCUCCCUAUUUUAGUCGUUCUGCUGGAUUUGUUCCAUACUCGGAUAGGCAUGGUUCAACAGUGAUGGAUUCGUAUCCUCAAAGGGGAUAUCCACACGAGUACAUGCACUAUGCUAAUACCUAUAAGCCAGAAGUUCUUCGGAGGCCGCCUCAUCAGCUCCAAUCCCAAUACAUCCAACAGCCCUAUCAUGAGCACUAUCCGGGCUACUACAGUGAUGCCAAUCAUGACCGGUUCAUGUUACACCGGCAUGAAAACUUUUUUCAUCAACCGGCAUGCUCUUGUGUGCACUGCUGUGAUAAUAAUUGGCAUAUGCCUCCUAGGGUUGAUCCCCCAGGUUUGCAUAAUCGAAGGUCUCAAAAUGAACCUUCUAAUCAGACUUUUGAUCAUCUAAAUCCUAUUCUGCACCGGCAGCAGGUUAAUAGUUCUGGGGCCCCGAAUUUGUAUCCACCACAAUCUCGACAGUCCCUAACUCUGAAUCCAAACGACAUAGAUUCUGAGAAUGAUGGUUUCAAUUACCAUCGUCCUAGAAAGUUGGUUGUGGCUCCUAAGAGUGGACGGGUGAGUCAUCCCGUCGGAGGUGGCGCUCCUUUCAUAACAUGCAGCAAUUGCUUUGAGUUGCUGAGACUUCCAAGGAAGCACAUUUCAAUGGAUAAAAACCAACAGAAGUUGAAAUGCGGUGCCUGUUCUUCAGUUAUCUUGUUUGAACUUGGGAAGAAGGGGUUUGUUGCAUCUGUUUCUACGCUUGUUGGGGAAUUGCCAACGGAGAUUGAUGAAGUCUCUGGUGGAACGGUCGAUAACGUGAUAUACUGGAAUGAUGGUUCGAGUGCGGCCAACAUGAACACUUGUUCUAAUGAUUUUGAUGACUUUGACCAUAAGUGUUUGCCAGCAGACAAGAAGCCGAAUUCUAGUAUGCCUGAGAAACAAUUGAAUAAUCUUUCUUCAACUUCAAGUCCAUCGGAGGAUGAACAGAGUCCAGAAAAUAAAUCAUCUAGAAAACACGAUUCCCCAAUUCCAGAUUUGCCUGUGUCACCCCAGGAAUUACCUGUUCAUUCUCCAGAAAAUGUUAUAGUCAGCCGCUUUGACAAAUGGAACAAAAGUAAAAGACCCGGAGAGGAGAUGCUUUCUCUUGACAGGACAACCUCUAAACAGAAUUCUGCAAGAGAUGGAGCGGUGGCAACUGAGACAGAUGUGUCGUUAACUGCAUUUUCAAAUAGCAAUAGGUCUCAGGACUCCACUGACAUAAGUAGAGAAGUUCCAAAGGUUAACAAAGGAGGAGAGUCUUUCUUUGCAGGCCUUAUCAAAAAGAGCUUCAGAGACUUCAAAAAGUCUAACCAAGGUGGAGAAGUUGGUGGAUCGCAAGUUUUUGUAAAUGGGCAUUUAAUACCGGAUCGCGUAGUCAAGAAGGCUGAAAAGCUAGCUGGACCAAUUCAACCAGGAGAAUACUGGUACGAUAAGCAAGCUGGAUUUUGGGGCGUGGUGGGCUAUCCGUGCCUGGGUAUUGUCAUGCCAAAUAUUGAAGAAUUCAAUUAUCCCAUGCCGAAGAACUGCGCUGCUGGAAAUACAGGAGUUUUUGUUAAUGGGCGUGAACUGAACGAGAAAGAUUUGGAUUUGCUCUCUAGCCGAGGUCUACCAAUCACAGAAAACAGAUCUUAUCUCAUUGACAUCACUGGAAAAGUGGUUGAUGAGCAGACUAGGGAAGAACUCGAUGGUCUGGGAAAACUUGCACCAACGGUUGAGAGGGCCAAGCAUGGAUUUGGUAUGAAAGUACCUAAAUUUAUUGCUCAGUUGAAGAGUUAGAGACCGGGUUUCCGCCUCCUCAAGGCUUUUAAGCGAUGAAAAUGAUUGAUCGCUCGAAGUACAUUGCAGUAAAGUUUAUGCUUGUUCAUUCUUCUUUAGAUAUAAGGUGAGUUGAUUGUUCUUAAUUUAGUGCAUCUGAUUAUUUGUGUGUAGAACAUCUCAGCCAGAAAGAUAUAUGUUCGGCUGUUUUUACCAGAGUUUUGGUUUUGAUCUUGGUCGGAGCAGUUUGUAAAGAAAGCUUUGGCCAAUUUAAAACUGGUUAUUCAUUUGUAGUUUGAUGCUA